AUGCCGGAACAGAGCAACGAUUACCGUGUGGUGGUUUUCGGGGCGGGCGGCGUUGGAAAGAGCUCGCUAGUGCUCAGGUUCGUCAAGGGCACAUUCCGCGAGUCGUACAUACCGACCAUCGAGGACACGUACCGGCAGGUGAUCAGCUGCAACAAGAACAUCUGCACGCUGCAGAUCACCGACACGACGGGGUCGCAUCAGUUCCCCGCCAUGCAGCGGUUGUCCAUGUCUAAGGGCCACGCGUUCAUACUGGUGUACUCGUGCACGUCCAGACAGUCUCUCGAGGAACUCCGACCUAUAUGGCAGGUCAUCAAAGAGACCAAAGGUGCGUCGGAGCUUCCAUCAAUACCAAUCAUGUUGGUGGGCAACAAGUGUGACGAGAAUGACACUCGAGAAGUUUCAGCUGAAGAAGGUGAUGCUGAGGCUCGGCGGUGGGGCUGUCAUUUCAUGGAAACGUCGGCCAAGACCAACCACAACGUCAAAGAGCUGUUUCAGGAGCUUCUCAAUCUGGAGAAGAAUAGAAACAUAUCGCUGCAGCCCGAAAAAAAGUCCAUGCGCGGCCGUAAGAUACGGGAGAAAUGCGCGCUCAUGUAG